GUAUCGAUUGCUAAUGACAUUUUUAUUAUUACUAUAAAUUUUGUCGUCUUACUAAUUUUAUAACAGUAGCUUCGCGUUCUCUAGCUAGUCGAUAGCUAACAAAAAUGAUUUGGUCCUUAAGAAAAAAGUUAAAAAUAUGGUUGAAAAUUAUGAAUGGUGAAAGAGACAUGGCUCCAAAUCUUCUAGGAAAAUCUUCGUCUUUCCUGAUGGCAGAAGCCACAUCGGCAGAGCCAGUGCAGAUUAUCGCCACCAAGGAGAGCCUCCAGCAGUCCUAUCAGACCUACCAACAACAAAUCAAACAGUCUGUCCCUAGAAAAGCACCCAAAUAUAAAUGGGAGAUAGUUUGGAGAAACGUGUUGGCUUUUGUGUUACUUCAUGGUGUAGGAACGUAUGGAAUAUACUGUAUGUUGUUAGGACGAGUUAAGAUAUUCACCAUUGCUUUUAAUCUUUUGUUUGCUGUAUUUGCGGGUCUCGGAGUAACAGCUGGAGCGCAUAGGCUAUGGGCACAUCGGACCUACAAGGCCAAAUUUCCUCUUAGAUUGCUUCUAGCGUUUUUCCACACAGCAGCUCUACAGAAUGACAUUCACGAGUGGGUCAGAGAUCAUAGAGUCCAUCAUAAAUUCACCGACACGGACGCCGAUCCACAUAAUGCCAGCAGAGGUUUCUUCUUCUCGCACAUAGGAUGGCUAAUGCUUAGAAAGCAUAAGGACGUCUUGGAAAAAGGAAAGACUGUAGACAUGAGUGACGUAGAAGCCGAUCCUGUAGUUAUGUUCCAGAAAAAAUAUUACGUAUUUUUGGUAACGAUGUUAACUUUUUUGAUUCCUGCACACAUUCCAUGGUACUGCUGGAAAGAAAAUUACUUACUAGCCUGGUACAUGUGCAUAUUUAGGUAUGCUUUGUCGCUUAACGUCACUUGGUUGGUCAAUAGUGCAGCUCAUAUUUGGGGAACGAAGCCAUACGACAAUACCAUCGGACCCACAGAAAACAAAUACGUUUCAGCUCUGGGCUUCGGGGAGGGCUGGCACAACUACCAUCACACUUUCCCCUGGGAUUACAAAGCAGCCGAAUUAGGAGACUACAAGCUGAACUAUACAACGGCAGUAUUAGACUUCAUGUCACGAAUAGGGCAAGCCUACGACUUGAAAACUGCUUCCAUGGAAAUGGUGAAGAAGCGAGUGGCCCGAACGGGAGACGGAUCCUGGACAAAUGGCAAAGUAGAGGGAGAAUCGAAUAAAGAUCAUCACCAUCACACGCACGAAGAAUGUGUGUGGGGUUGGGGGGAUAAAGAUAUGGAUGAGGAGGAGAUACGUGAUGUUAGGGAAUUCAAUAAUCUUAAAGAAGACUAGUUGGUCGUUGUUGCUGUGAUUGUUGUUAAGUUUUAGUCAUUCUUGAUAUAAAGUGCACUAAUCUUUCUUCUUGGACCUUCGUAGUAAAUAAUACUGGCAGAAGAAUUUAGUUUUUAAGAAAAUCUAAACUUAUUUAAACCGUUUAAAGUAAAUAGUUGUAAAUAUUUAUUAAAUUAUAUCUUUAACGGAAAGGGUUAAGAACUGCAUCACAAAGAUUUAGUGAAAACUCCAAUUCAUGAAGUUCAUUUUGUUGCAUCCAAGAUUGCUAAUUUAUUUAAAACUGCUAAGCUGAUAUACGAAAGCUUAUAUAUACCCCAAAAAUUUAUUUAUAAAAAUUUUAGAAGUCAAAUAUAAAUGUAAAAAUGAACUCUUUACGAUUAAAGUUUCUGUCGAAAUGUCGAAAUAAUUAAAUUUACUACCUUUUGGUAAGGACUUCCAAUUAAAUACGAACCAUUAAUAAUAAAGAGUUUAUUUUGAUAGAUCAUGCAUCUAACAUGUAAGGUAUGUAGUUUGUUUUUUAUACCUUGAAAUACAAUUUGUAUGUUAAUAUAUAUUUGAGAAUUUAUUAUAUUUACAUGUAAAAUUACCUACUGUUUCUAGAUAUUUCACAGUAUUUCGCUUAGCAGUAGCGAAAAGUGUCAAUUUAUUAAAAUUUACAGAUUAAAUAAAAUAAAGUUCCUAUUUUUUGUUCAACAUUAUCUAAAGUCUUCAUAAUUUAUCUUGGCAUUUCCCAGUUUCUUUUUUUACUGUUCUUUCACUCUAAACUUUCUUACUUAUUUCUUUUUAAUAUUCUUUGUCAUAAUUUUUUAUUAUUUCUUUCUAUUUUAUAAAUUUAACAUAACUCACAAUUGAAAAGCAAAUCCUUUGUUUCGACCACAAUAUCUUCCAAUAUGGAGAUAAAAAGGUAAAAUAAAUAAUUUGUUUUCCGAUUGUUAUUUAUUUCCAAUUAUUUAUAAUUAAUAAUAAACUAAUAUUCUAUUAAAAAAUAAUUUCAACUCUAGCUUUCGUUCUCUUCUUGUCUUUCUGCUUCUUAAAGCAGAAGACUUCUUAUAGCAGAAGGCUUCUUAUACGCUUUUUAUAGCAUUUCUAGUUCUUUCUUCCAUUUCUUUUCUAUUCCCUUUCUGUUUCCUGCUUAUUUCUAUUGUCUUUUUUUUUUCGUUUUUGGCAUGGUCCAUUUUUCCUUUUCUGACAUUUCUAACUUCUAUCUGUUAUUUUAUAAUAUUUUUCUGUAUUUCUUUUAUUUAAGCGUAGUGGGUUUUUCUUUUUCGUUUUUUUUUAACCCCUUUAUUUUUCUUAUUUUUUAUUUCCUUCUUUUUGUUUUAUUUGUAUUGCUACCGUAUUCUGUUUUUUAUUUAUUUAUUGUUUUCUUUCUGCUGUCUUGCUUUUUUUCUUUAAUUCUAAAAUUACAAUUUUCAUUUUAUUCUCGUUCAAUAUAUUCUUUCUAUUUUUCUCGAAACUAUUCUCGAAACUGAUCUUUUCUGUUACAUUUACUAGGCUAUCCUGUAUAUUUCUCGCAUUGCAUAAUUGAGUUUUCACUACAUAAUAAAUUAUGCUUAUUUUUUUUAAUAUCUUCUUAACUUUUGGCACUUUCAGUCGUAAGGUCCAAACAUCAGUAAGUCACAAACUGAAUAGUAGGAGAAAACAAAAAAUAUCGAGGUCAAAUUUUAAAUAAUAAAUUCUCUCGCCUUACUUUUUGGUAAUAAAUUUUGCAGUCGGAUGGAUAGUAAUUCCGUUUUACUAGAAAUUAAAACAAAUUAAUAAUAAAAGUAGCCGAAAUAAAUGGUAGGUAAAUGAAUGGUGUUGAUCUUUACAUAUAAAUUUGCAUUUCCGGAGGUUCAGAAAAGUCGGCCAUUCACAUAAACUAAUAUUUGGUUAGGCAUGAGAAUAUUUUGGUGAAUAUUUUAAUAAAUGUAGUAAAUUAAAUUUAUUUUAAACUUUGACUUUGACUUUGUUGAGUGUUGCCCUUCAAUGUCCAGUAGUGGUCAAAUUAAACCAUUUUCGUAGAUUAUGAAGCCGGGAUAUUCUGAUUCUUCUUGAACCUCUCUUUCCGUGCACCGUACCUUGAUGUGUGAUCGAAAGUAGGCGAACAGGUAUUCCAGGUUGCGACAAUUUUUCCAGUUUUACUUUUUAACAGUUACAUUUUAUUUUAUUAAAUAUUAAAUGUUAAAUAUUACAGACCUGACAGUCAGCUAUAUACUGUAUCGAGGCUAACGUAGAGAAGCGAAAAUUUUGGGGAGUGUCUGCAUAUGAUCGUUUUGCUUAUUCAUCCAUUACCGAUUUAGACAUCUCUACAUGACUGAGAAAUCAAUUUGACAGAUACCAAAUAAAGUUGUUGUUGAGUUAAGCUUCAGACAAUUCGAAAACCUAUUUGUUAGUUGUGUUGAACUCGGGUUUGGGAACCGUUUCUCUGGAAAUUAUUGGUAGUUUUUACUUACAAAAAAAUGCCUUACAUUUAAUGUUACAAAUCUUGCAACUUUGGUUUAAUACUUUAAAAUGUAUUUCACCAAUUAUUUCUAGAUAGCAUUGACUUAACUGAUGUUUUUAACCUAGCUUGUUUUUCUUCGGGUCCCUAAAUUUUAUUAUUGAUUUUAUUAAAACGUACGUCAGUUAUUUAUUAUUAUAAACUGCAUACGAUAUUUUUACUGGAUACUUUAACCAGAUACUAUUUUAUUGUUGAUAAUGGUGUAGAUAAAAUUAAUAGAUUUUUAAUAAUUAAUAAGGGAAAUGUUUGUUUCUUGUAGUAGAAAGAAAUGUUUUCACUAAGAAAUUUUCAAAUAUGUGACACUGUUAGUACCAAAGUAGUUUUAAGUACAGAUAAUUUUGUUGAGAUAUCAUGUAUUAUUAAGGAAUAAAACUAAAAUUUUAAGCA